UCUUUUGUAUUCUCCUCGUCUUGGCUCUCGCAGCAAGCCUCAGCGUCAGUCACUCUUCCUCUCCUCUCUGCCGUCUUCACUGCACGUCUGCACCCCUACCCCUCUCUCUCUCUCUCUCUCUCUCUCUCUCUCUCUUCUACUCUGUAUCCUAUAUCUAUAUAUUCACACACUCCCACUCCACGCCCACUCUCUACCCUCCCAUCUGCACCCAAACCCCAUCUUUCUUCGAUUGAUUGGGAGUUUGAUUUGUUCGAGUGUCGAUGGAUCCCCCCUCCCGAUCCUUCUCCACCUUCAAAUCCUACCUCCGGGCCCUUUCCGACACGCCCAACCGCCUCGCCCGCCGCGCUUGUUCCGUCUCCACCUCCCUUGAAGAGACCAGCCGCCUCCGCUCCCGCUCCGGAUCCGCCAUGAAGCGCACCCUCACCUGGUACGACCUCAUCGGCUUCGGAGUCGGCGGGAUGGUCGGCGCCGGAGUUUUCGUCACCACCGGCCGUGCCGCUCGCAAGUAUGCCGGCCCCUCUGUCGUUCUCUCCUACGCCAUUGCCGGCUUCUGCGCUCUUCUCUCCGCUUUCUGCUACACCGAGUUCGCUGUCGAUAUGCCUGUUGCCGGGGGGGCCUUCAGCUACAUUCGCGUGACCUUUGGGGAGUUCCUCGCGUUUUUAACCGGCGCGAAUCUGAUCAUCGACUACGUGCUCUCGAAUGCUGCCGUGGCGAGGGGGUUCACCGCUUAUUUGGGCACUGCCCUGGGCCUGUCGACGCACACGCAGCUGAGAUUCACCAUCCAUGCCCUACCCAACGGGUACAAUGAAGUGGACCUGAUCGCCGUGGCGGUGGUCCUACUUCUCACACUGGUCAUUUGCUACAGCACGAGGGAGAGUUCGUGGUUAAACAUGGUGCUCACGGUGCUCCAUAUUCUGUUCAUAGUAUUUGUGAUAGUGGUCGGAUUUUGGAGAGGCGAUCGGAAGAAUUUCACGGAGCCGGCGAACCCGAAAGUUGCGGGCGGGUUCUUCCCAUUCGGGGCUUCCGGCGUGUUCAACGGGGCGGCCAUGGUGUAUCUGAGCUACAUCGGAUACGACGCCGUUUCCACGAUGGCUGAGGAGGUGAGGAAUCCCGUAAAGAAUAUUCCAAUCGGCGUCUCGGGGUCGGUGAUCAUCGUCACCGUUCUGUACUGCUUGAUGGCCGCUUCAAUGUCCGCCCUCCUCCCUUACGACCUGAUUGAUGCGGAUGCGCCGUUUUCAGGGGCGUUUGCGGAGGGGGCCUCGAAUUGGAGGUGGGUAUCGAACGUGAUCGGAGUGGGGGCCAGUUUCGGGAUCUUGACGUCGCUGCUGGUGGCGAUGCUGGGUCAGGCACGCUACAUGUGCGUCAUCGGACGGUCCUGCGUGGUCCCCUCAUGGUUCGCUAGGGUCCACCAUUCAACCUCCACCCCGGUGAACGCCUCCGCCUUCCUCGGGAUUUUCACGGCGGCAAUUGCGCUAUUCACGGACCUGAACAUCCUGCUGAAUCUUGUGUCCAUUGGAACCCUGUUCGUCUUCUACAUGGUAGCAAAUGCGGUGAUAUACCGGCGGUACGUGGCAGUGGGAACGACGAACCCGUGGCCGACACUAUCAUUCUUGUUCUGCUUCUCGCUGACGUCGGUGGCGUUUACACUGCUGUGGCAUUUUGCCCCAGCAGGGAAGGCGAAAGCGGUGAUGCUGGGCAUUUGCGUGGCUCUGGCAAUCGGGGUCCUGCAGGUGUUCCACUCAGUGGUCCCGCAGGCCCGGCGGCCCGAGUUCUGGGGGGUGCCGCUGAUGCCCUGGAUUCCAUCCAUAUCCAUCUUCCUCAACAUAUUUCUGCUGGGGGCUCUGGAUAGGGCGUCGUAUGUCCGGUUCGGGUUCUUCUCGGCGGUCACGGUGGUGGUGUAUGUCCUGUACAGCGUGCACUCGAGCUUCGACGCCGAGGAAGAUGGGAUCCUUCUCAGUGAGAAGGCUAAGGCUACAAUGGCAGUGAGUGGGGAGGAGGAACUCAAAGGGACUAGCGAGAGGGGUGAUCUCAAAGCGUAGCCAGUGGUAGAUGUAUAUGUAUAUGUAUUAAUGAAUAGGGAGGAGGAGGGGUUAACAGCAGCAGCAGCAAUGAAUGGAAUUGCAGCUGCUGCAUUGUUGAGGUGGGUGAUUAUGAUGACCCGAGGUUAGGGUGAUGUAUAGUUUGGUCGGGUCUGAAUUAGGGGAUUAUUAUUGUUAUUAUUAUUAUUAUUAUUAUUUAUAUAGGUAGGGAGGACUGUAGGAGAAAAGAUGAUGAUGAUGAGGCCCUGAUCAGGUCUGUAACAAACUCAACUGGUACAUCUUUUUUAACUGGAGGGGAGAGGCGAUUGGUUGCUACGAGUUAGUUAUAGUAGCAGUGUAACAAUUAUAUAUGUGAUGUGAUGUUCUUGAUCAAAUGUAUGUACUGGUCGUUUGAACAUUAAGGGGUUGGUACUUAGGAGUUAACAAACAUCGUAUACUCUAAUAAAAUAGUAGUGAUGAUGUAUGGGUCCGGUCCUUCAAUAAGAUUGUUGUUGUUGUUGUUGCUGUUGCUGU